CAGGGAAAAAUCGACGGAAAAUAAUCGACGAUGACACGCGUAGUUCUCCGAAGGUAAAUAUUUGAAUAGAAUAAUAAUAAUUAGGUACUACCUAUACGAACGGUGUCGGUGCCGUUUUUCUCGAUUACCGGCGGUGGCGGCGGCGUAGACGAAUUUUCGUCCCGAGGACUGAUAUAUUAUUAUUGUUAUUAAAAUACGCACCGUCGGUGUCUGACGUCUGCCAGUUCGCACAACAACCGGUUUUCGGUCGCGUAUAUUUUAAUAAUAAUAUAGUGGCGGCCGUCCGUAUAGUUUUCGUAACCGCCGUAACCACAACACGGCCGACGCGCAGCGGCCGUGUACGUUCCGCCGCAACGGGAACACGAUGCGCGUGCGUGCGCCGUCAUGUGUCGGUCGGCAUGGCGUGGCGGUGCGUGGCGGUUCCCUCGUAAUUUUAUCCGAGACGGCAGCGUACGCGGACGCCCCACUCCGCCGCGCCGAAUGUCGCCAGCCGGAUGGGUCUUUGUUUACUACGUUACUAACGCACCGAGUGUUGCGAGCUGAUAGCCGACAAUAUCGUUAUAUUAUUAUUGUUGUUUUUUUUUUCUUCUUCGCUUUCUUUCUGAUAGUAUUUUUCCGCGUACUUUACGUCCCGUAGACGGUCGUGGGAGUAGUUGUAGUUGACGGUGCGAUAAUAAACAACGGAAAAAUCGUCCGAACGUUUGGAUAAGAGGAAAAAAAAAAACGACAAGCGUGUUGUAAAUGUCGUUACAGUUUUGACCGGUGUCGACCGUAUUGUGUUCGCGUUCUUACGGCCGUUGUUCAAUUAUUGUCCCGGCUUUCUCGGUCCGUCGUGCCGUCGUGUUUUGCUUUAACACCGUCCGACCGUUCUCUGCCCGUGGAUAUGUAGUCUCGACUCGUCGAAUCCGUUUCUUCGUCCGAAAUACUACCCGCCAGAUAGAUACGGCGGCUGAAAAACAAACUUGCCGAUUCUCGAUUUUGUCCGAGCGUUGACGAUCCGUCUGUCGGUAUAGCCAUGAAACGAUGUUCUUUUGAUACAAUAUUGUGUCGCCGACAGCGUUCCAUCUGCUAUAAUAGUGGAUCCGACCUUCGGUGAUGCGAUUCCGUGUCUGCUAAAAUGAAAGUCACCGUCUGUUUCGGUUCGACUAGAGUCAUCGUCCCUUGUGGACGCGGAGAGAUAUUAGUCAAGGAUCUUAUUCAACAAGCCAUCACCCGAUACAAAAAAGCCACUGGAAAGGUGAGUUAUACACUCGGUUAUACGCUAUACCCAUAUAAACUUAAUCAGUGUCGGCCUGGCUCACCAAAGACCUUUGGAGCAUUUUUUUAAAUGGCCUUAUAGAUGAAAAAAAAAACCCAUGCAUAUCGGUGCGAUAUUUGGUCGGAAGUGAGGUUAUAGGUACAUUGUAAUAAUAUAAUAGGGAUAUGUUCACAAAAGCGAUUUUCAGUGACAUUUCAAUUUUCAGCAAUUUGUGUAUAAAUAAUAAAUGAUUAGGAAGUUUUAUUAUUUUUUACUCUAGUCUGCCAUAAUCAACUUAAGUUUAAGCAAUACUAUGUACCUAUAAUAUAUUUAAAAUCUCUGCACAAAAGACACCCAUUGCUUACUCCAGUAGGUAGUUAAAUUACAAUAUUUUAUAAAUCUUGGGGCCUGCAGAGGCCUCCAUGGGCAGGCCGAUACUGAAUAUUAUGAAUUAUUAUAAUUUACAAGUAUUUAAGUAUUCCAAAACAUUUUACUACGCCUCUUGAUGAUGAUUCAAAUAAUUACUCAUUCUAUAGUGGGUUACUAACGAUAAAAUAUUGUAUUUGUCAUUAUGGUUUAUUAAGUUUAUUAUACCUUAAAAUUUGAUAUGAUAAGUUGUGAUUAUUGCCAUACCUAUUGUUGUUUCUUUAGUCAUUAUAACUAACAUAGGUAAUUAAAAAUUAUAGUAGUGAGUAGGUAUCUCAGAAAGUAUCUAAUGACGAUGUGUAGGUAGGUACCCUGCAAUCACCUAAUUAUUUGAUAUUUAAAUCUACAAUAUUAAGAUUUAAUGGGUAGGUAAUUAAAAAAAUAAAUAGUGAGUAUCUAGUGAUAGCAGGUAGGUAUGUAGGUUAGGAAUUAAUUUAAUUGUUUGGUAUUUAAAAUCUAUGAUAUUAAGAAUGAAGAUUAAAUAUCAAUGGAUUGAUGUUGAAUUUAUUUUUAUUGUUAUGGUUUUGAAUACGAAUAUGGUUAUGGCUCAAUUUACUCAUUCAUAUAGCUAUGAAUGAGCAUAUAAUGUCCUGUUAUCAAUCUAAAAUAACAUGAGUAAUAUGUGUUUAGAUUACUACCUAUUACUACCUAUUGAUUGGAAUUUGUUUAAAUGUAUGACCAGUGUUUUAUAAUUAUAUUGGUUGGUACCUAUGUAAAUAUUAUACUUGUUCUAUAGUAUAUUAUAUUUAUGAUUGCAUAAAUAAGUAUCUAGUUUUUUUAUUAUACAUAGUGAUAGUACUUUUAAUAUCAUUAGGAGUAAAUAUGAGUCAUUAUUUUUGGUAAUACCAAAUGUAUAUACAUAUAAGUAUUUCAAGUAGGUAUUACACAUUUUGUAUUAAUCUGUUUAUGAAAUAAUAUGUUUAAAUCAAUUUCAGAUCUAUGAGAUGAUGCACGAUUAUUAAAGAUCAAAGAUAAUCAUAUUUUGUAUUUACCUAAUUUCUUUAUCUAACUUUUUUUUAAAUUUAUAUGAAUUUAUAUGAAUCAACACAUAGUUCAAGUCAAGAUGUUUAUAUAGCCUGUCACUUAUGUAUACAUGAAAUAAUUAAAAAUAAAAACUCAUAAAACUAUUGCAUUUAUUUGUGAUUCAUUUGAAAUAAUUUGUUUAUCUUUAUAAUUAAUUAUUAAUGAGGGAACUGAUAUCAUAAAUCAGGUUAUAAAUAAUCUAGUAAUUAAUUAUAUCAGUUAUUGUUACUCAUGAUAAAGUAACUAUCUAAAUUAAUAAUAAUAGUUUAAUUUUUCACGAUGGGACAUCCUUAGGUUUUUUCGUUAAUUUCAAACACUUUGGUCAGCUAUUAUCAGGUAACACACUACUGUAGAUAUUUGAAUAUUUUUAUUUUUUGUAUAAAUAUAGAUAUACUAUUUGUGGGUAAUUUGUGAGUAGGUACAUAAAUAUUGUUUGAAAUUUAUGUUUCUCUAUUCUUCGUGAUUCUUACAUAAGUUCAUUUUUUAAUAAUAAUUGUAUAACCUACCUAUAAUUAUUAAAAGGGAAUAUAUCUAUCCAAAAUGAAAAAAAUUAUAAUGAUUAUGAUAUCACCUGUAUCUGUUGGAAAGUUAUUAUUUAUGAACUGUAAAAAAAUAGUGAUACAUAAAAAUAUAAAGUACCUACCAAUAUUUUUAAAACUAUAAUUGGUCAAAGUUUAAUGAAGUCAGAUGUAUGAAAUAUUCAUGAAGAAUAUGAUCAAGUGAUCACCUAAGUGAUUACUUUUACUAAGGUUUUUGAUAAACACAAUGCAUUUAAAUUAUUUUGAAAUAAUAUUUAAUAAGUAGGUAUCUUGGUACAAACUGCCAUCGACAGAACCAUUGAUGUUAAUGAUUCUCACCUAUUUUAUCAAUUUAAUUUUUAGUUAAAAAUGUGUGUACAUAUCAUAAUAAACCUAAUACAUUUCUCUUCUUGUUUAGAGUAAAAAAAAAAAUAAAAGCAUUACAAAUUUCAAAUAUCCAUGCAUAUUUAAAAAAAACAUGUAAAUUGAAUUUCAAAGUAAAUUAUUUCUAAAAGGAGUUGUGAAUCCUAAAACUUUAAUUGUAAUAUUGAAAUAUUGGUUGUCAGUGAUAACACACAAGUUAAAACUCAAGUUAUGAUAAUAAUAAAAAAAAAAAAAUGCUUCUUUUUUUCAUAUAGGUAAACUUAAUAUUAUUAUAUAGCUAAAACUUAAUCAUAGGGACACAUAACAUAAUUUUAAUAAAAAAAAAAAAUGUCCUAUGAUAAUGAGACGGAUAUAGCCACUGUUAUAGGUAAUUUAAUGUAUAUCUGUAAUCAACGAUAAACCAUUGGUAACAAAAAAACGAUUCGAAGCUAAGUUCAGUUGAUAGUGAUGCUUUGUUAACAAUAUAUAUAUAUGUUAUAUAUGGUAAAGUAAUUAAAUAAGAAUUAUAUAUUUCAUGUUUUUCCCGGAUUAUUAAAUUUGUCAAGAAAACUCUUAGAAAAAUCGAAAAAUAACCUCCUUAAAGUACUUUCCCUGUCAGAUUUACUUUUAGAAAAAGUGCUAUCAUUGUAAAUCGAAGCAAAAUUGCUGGUAGAAAAAUUGUACACAGAAAGAAAAAGGCUAUAAUAUUUUUUUACUAAUACUUACAUUUCGUACAUUUUCCGUUGUUCUGAAAUUUUAUCCAGGUUUGUCCUAGUUUUUAUGAAAAUCGAUUGAAAAAACACAAAAAUGACUCCCUAAACCAUGGAGAUAAAAUUUCCUGUCAGAAAAUAGACUACAUUUGAUUCAUGGGAGCAAGAUUUCUGGUAGAAAAAUUUGCACAACAAAUCGAGGGGUAUUUUUUGAUUAAAAUCCGAACGAGCGAUAGCUAGGUUUCUGGGUACACUUAAAAUGCAUUUGAUUUUUCCCUAUUUAAGUAAAACGGAAAAAAAUUGUAAACAAUUUCUUUUCAAAAUCCGGAUUUGAGAACCCGAGAACCCUAGUAUGACAAUACGUACUCAUGACCAUUCGACUACAACAAACGUAUAGUAGACAAUAUAGAGUUAUUUAACAUAAUCAUGUAUAAUCUGUAUAUCUGCACUAUAAAAAAUCUAUAAUUUCGAAACUUAGUCAGUUCGCUCAAUUCUGAAUUCAUCAUCCUUCUUAAAUCGGCAAUACACAUAUAUUUGAAAAAAAAAAAAUUGAAAAAUUCGAUUUUUUCCACAUAAUUUUUCAUUCAAACAAUUUUCGUCAAAAUUCAAUAUCGAAAUCCCUUUAUAAAAACAAAUACUUCAUUAAACUUAUUUUUUUUUUUUACUACAAAGUAAAACUUAAUGAACCUAUUAAAUUUUCUAACAUUUCUGUUAAGUCCAACAAUUUUACCACUGAGUAUUUACCGAAUAAAAAUUACGUACAACAUUCGUAAAAUUAAAAUGUCUAUAAUUAGCUUAAAAAUAGUUUAAAUUUUUUAAAAAUUUGACCACGUCCAGAAAAGGCAAAUAUAAAUUUUCUGUCAAAAUUUCAAGUCUCUACGAAUAUUUUAAACUGAAUUGCAACAAAUAACAAAAUUGAAAAAUAAUAAAAACAUUAAUUUCGUAUAUUUCCCGUUUUUCUUACGUUUUAUCCUGAUUUUUCCCAGAUAUUAUAAAAACCACUUGGAAAAUCAACUUCGUACCAUGUGCCAUUUGGACAACAUUUCCUUUCAGAAAACUGAUGUCGCGCGUACAUAUCAGAGCAAAAUGUAUGGUCGAAUUUUCGUACAUAGUAUAAAAAAAAAAAUAAACAUCUUAGUAAAACCAAUAUAUUCUUCCCUUCACUCAGAAUCUAAAAUAUGCAAAUAAAAAUGUAUUGUUGAAAAACAACACUAAUAUAAUAAUAUUGAUUGAUACGUGAUUUUACCACUAAAAGACAAAACCCUUAUUGAAUUUCAUUAUUUUAUAUUAUAUUAUGUUACUAAACAAAACUAAAAAAUAAAUUGUAUUAAAUAUUUUGUAUGGAAAAAAUUUGUAUAACUUGUGUUAAAAUUGUCAAUAAUUAAUAUUAAAAAUUUCUAAAUUUUAUAUCAAAUUGAAAAUCAAAUUUAAUUGUUGGUUAUUUAUUUAUUUAAUAGAGAUUAAGAUAAAAAUGAAGAUUACAAUGCGCAAAUUUCUACGUUUUCUUAAAUUGUACAUUGAAUUUACAUUUUUUAUUUUAAUUUAUUUUUCAAUCAAAUUGUAUUUACGCCGGAGUUAACAUUUAUAUUUUUAGUUGAUUUUAGUUAACCAACCAUAAAAUACUAGGUCUCGGAAAUAUAUCUGUAGUCGAGAUAACAGGAUUGUGCGCUCAAGGUAGUCGAGAUAACAGGAAAGUACCAAAAAAAUAAGCUUACAGAUCUAGUUACUGCUGGUUACUGCUUAGCCCCCCGUGUGUGUUAGAUUACCAAUAAUAAUUCUGGAAAUACCUGAAUUAAAUGAUAAGUAAUAUGUUAUAUUCACAGAUAUAUAAAACAAUUAGAUAGCCGACUUUGGUACUAUUCAAGGUUUAUAGAUAAUACUGGUUGCCUCAUAGCGCCAUAUAAAUAAAACCAAAAUCCCCCAUACCGCACUUUAUCUAGUGACGUCAUUUUAAUAUACAAUUGCCGGGAAAUAUAACGGCGUGCAUAGGAAUCGUAUACAAAUAUGAAAUAAAUAAACAAAUAACUUAUUAUGUGCGGAAUUGAAAUGUAUGCUUCGUCUUACAUAUUGUUUUUAAUUAUUUUUAUGCAUAAGUACAUACUUUUUUUAAACUAAAUAUGCCAUUUAUGUAGUUUGAUAGUAGACAAAAUCUUUAGAAUGAAAUCUGCCGAUAUGUACUGAGACAUAUUCAUGUUCAUUUUAGAUUUUGAGUGUAGUGAUAGUUAAAUUAAUUUUAAAUUGUCUAUAUAAAUAAUUUUUAAAUGUAUUUCAACAACUAAAAGACUUAUUAUUUUUCAUUAUUUAUCAAAUUUUUAUUUAAUAUUAUUAUAAAUCUAAACAUAAUAUAUUUAUUAUAGUAUAUUAUACAUUGUAUGCUCUAUACACUAUAUGUGUAUUAUACUUAUAUAAAUAUGAAAGUAUAAUACAAUAAUAAUAAUUUUACAUAUGCAUCGGUGAAAUGGUGAAAUGAAAAAAAAUGAAAAAAAAAAAAUCGGCCAUAAUUUUUUGUUUUACUAUAGUUAUUUAUGCAAGUAGCAAUAGCACAAUAUGACCCCCUUUUGACUUUAAUAUAUUUGAUUCCAUAUUCAUACAAAACGUACAAGCAAAUAAGAUAAAAAAAAUGAACAUUCAAAUAGUUGAUAAAGUAAAACAAAACGAAAUAUGAAAACUUUUACGUUGUACACUAUAUGGUAAUAGUUGUUAUUACAAUGACGUAAUAACGUUACAGUUCUCCCACUGGUAACCUGUAUUAUCUAUAAACCUUGGGUACUAUUAUUGUCGCCAACAAAAUGGCCGCCUUAUCUAAGAGGUGAAUGUUUUAUAGUAUUGAUAAGAAACGAUGUUAUAAUAUCCCAUGCCCUGUAAAAGGUUAAAUAUUAUGUACAUUGUAUACUGUACAGUAAAGUUCCCAAAUUACUUAUAUCAGUUUAAUUUGUAAACAUUCACCUCUUAGAUAACAAUUGACAACCAUUUUGUUGGCGACUAUCUUAUUGUUUUACAUAUCUAUGGUGGUAUCAAAAAAGAAAAACACUUUAAUACUCUGAAGUGCUGGGUAUAAGCGACCGGCCGCUAUUGAAAAUAUCCAAUUAUACUAAUUGCAUAAAUUAACUAAAAUAAACCGGUUACUACAAAGAAUGAAAAAUCUAUAAAUAAAAAUCUACUCCGUCUGUUAUCUUUUAUACGGUAGUGUAUUUAUAGGUUCUACUCUCUACACAUAUUAUUAUAAUAAUGACCUAAUAAUCUACUUACAACCCCCAACCGAUGACAACUGUAAAAAAUAACAUUGAUAGUAAUAAUGUAUUUAUUUAUAUUAGCAUACAAAUAAACAUUCAAUCAACAACAACAAUCAACUUGACUUGUUUAAAUAUAAAAUUAACUCUAGUUAACUAAAAGUUAAUUCUUUUGUAUUCCUCAAGUUAACAAUUAAGUUAAUAGUUCAAAAAAAAUGAAUUUAUUAAGUUAAACAAUUAAAUUAACUUACCUUUAACUUAGUAACUCGUUAAUGUCCAGCCUUGCUAACAACCAUAGUUCAAUAACUCUUCAAAUUGUGAGGUUAUUAAAUUCAUGAAACGAAAUUAGUGUGUUGGUAUGAAUCAAAUGAUGCACCUUUUAAAAAACGCUCCCUCCCUCUAGAAGUAAUUUAAUUUUGUGUUAUUUUUUUUUUAGUUUAUCACGUUCAUAAUCAUACUUUACAAAAAUGACUGGGAAAUACCUACCUUUUUUUAGUUAUACUUAGUAUUAAUUAGUAUUUCGUUUACGUAGGUACUAACACUAAUGAAGUUUUUGUUUUACUAAAAAUAAGUUUCUAUACAUGUAAACACCAUAAUAUUCAUACUAUACCUACAGUAUUCAAAUUAAAAUUGAUUAAAUGAUAUAGUUAAUAUUGGUACAAUUAUCCGAAAGUGUGUAUAUUUUUUGAGAAAAAUAAAAAUAAAUAUAAUAUAUUGUAUCUAAUGUAAGUUAUUAAGUUAUAAGUUACGAAAAUCAGCAAGGUCGUUUAAUGCUGUGUUGAUUUUUUCAUUUUGGUUUUGCAAAACUGCCCAUGCACGUAAAUAUAAUAUAUAUAUUAAAUAAACUAUGUACACACCUACGUAUAUAAUAUGCAUGUAAUGUCUGUUUACAAGGUCUUUUAGAAUAAUUCGUUCAUUCAGCAAAUUUCCAACUCUAUUUCCAAUGAACUUAUAUAGAUGUUGAUAUACACUUACAUUUAUAAUUGUAAAAUUAGGACAUUACCUACCCGUGUCAUGCUAUGUAAUUGCCGUUGUUUGCUUUAUUUUCGAGUACUGAGGUUAAAAAUUCGAGUCUACUUUACUCUAGUGCUAGUCGUUACACUACAAUUUUACGUUAUUGAUUAUUUUGUUUACAUCACAUUUAGAAAUAUUAUAAUAUUUUUUUCUUUAAAUUGUUUUAAUGUUGAAAAAUAAAUUUCAUAUAUACAUUACAUUUAAUAUAUGUGGGUUUCAAAUUGUAUAAUGUUGAAUUUUCAUUUUCUUAUAAAAAAUAAUUGUAUACCUGGCUAAUUAUUCUGCUAAUUAUUAUUUAUUUCAAGUGAAUACAUAUGUAAGUACAAAAAUGUGUAUGUAUGUACCUUUGAAAUUAUUGUUAUAGGCAGGUUAGGUGAAGUUAAAAUCAGUUUUUUUUUGUAUUGUGACUAUAGGUUUUAGUUCUAUGUAUAAUAAUUGUAUUGAUUUAUUUUUCUGAUAAUUAAAUUGUUAUUAAAAUCAUUUAUGCUAGUUGAAUAUCCACGAAAUACACUGUUGAUUAAUUAUUAUAUAGGUAUACAGCCUGUCAACAAUUAUCUUCAAAUAUUCCGUAUUUGAAUACCCAAUUAAAAACGUAUUAUUAGUUUAAGCUGCAAAGCUAAGGUACCUAUAGACGAUUAAUCAAAUCGUAAGUAAAGUUAUAGUCAAUAAUUGUGGGUAGGUGUUGAAUGUUCUCUUUUUAUAAUAACAUUGUGGUUGUAUCGACAAUCUACUGUUUUUAAAUUUAUUAUGUUACACAAUAAUUGGGUCAAUUGGAUAUUAUAUUCAGUUAAUCGGAUAAACGCCUUUUAAUUUAUGCGUGUGACCAAAAAUCGAUACCUAGGUAUAUAAACAGACUGUCGCAUUUUUACCUCAUAGAUUUUUUUAUUUUAAUUUUUGAUUAAUACUUAAUAUUGUAGAUAUUAAAAUAAAUAACUGUAGGUGCGUAAUAAUAUUAUACUUAAAUAAUGAAUUUGUACUAAGUGCAAAAUGGUUACUCGUAUUAAUAUGGCAUCAUUGUUUCUAUAUAACUGUAUCCAUUAGUGAAUUAUACAAUGUUGAAUCGGAUAUUGAAACCUUACUAUUUAUUUUUCAAAUCGAUAUUCGUGAAUUUAUUUUUGUAUUUUACCUACAUGUGUCACUAGUUCAAAAAACUGUGAUCGGAAUAAAAUUACUAUUAGGUAGAUACAUUUUGUAUGUACAAAUAAAAUUACCUACUUACCAAGCAAAUGUUUUUUUUUUUUUUUUUUUUUUUUUUUUUUUUUUUUUAAAUGUAUAUUCAGACGUGUUUUAAAUAAAUUAAAUAUUUUUAGGUAAUCAAAGCAAAAUUUGAAGAAUAUAUACAUAUUUAAUAUUUUGUUUAAUAAUAGUAUUUAAAUAGUUUAAAACAAUAUAUUUAAAUAGAUAUGUAUGAAUUUCUCGAACAUUUUUUUUCUCUUGAGUUGGGUUAUAAAUAAAUCAACGAAUCAAUUAGUUUCGAAGGUAUUCAAAUUUUAUAUAUAUAUACAUAUUUGUUGAACAUUUUUAAAAUCUUUUUAUUGUUUAUUUAUCUAUAAAAUAAAAAUAAUAAAAUUGUCAUAAUCUGAUGAUAUACCAAUAAUCGUGCCCUUCCCAUAUACAAGUUUUUGAAUGAAGACCUUGAAAUGUUAACAGCACACGAUAAUACGAACACCUAACGAUUACGUUUUACUUUGAUAAAAUGUCUAAUCUUAAAAACGACAAAUUCUACAUUAUAAAAUAAAAUACAUUUAUCUAGUGAAUUCAUUAAGACGUGCGAGAUCUAUGUAUAGUUAUAGUUCAAGUGAUCAAAGCAAAGGAUUAUAAUAAUUAUUUAAAUAAUUUAACUACCGCCUGAGAAAUUGUUAUCUCAAGAGGACGCUAUACCCGUAUCUUAGUCCAACUACUUAGCAACAUGCAAAACCAAUGCUUACGCAGAAUAAGUAAAACUAGUUUAAAUUUGAUUUUAGAGUAAAAGUACUUAUUAUGAAAUUUAUAGGGAAGAAUAUGUUGGAAGGAACCUCAUCGAGUUUUCACAUUUUUCUAAAUAAAUAUACAGCUCGAUUUAAAAGGCACAAACACCUAUAUUUUUUUUACUUUUUAAAUAACUGUAACUUUUUAAUAGUUUGUAAGUUUGUGCUGUUAGUUUUAAUGUUAGAAUAAAUUGACCUAUUAUCAAACUAUUAUCGUUUUUUUUUUUUCCAAGACAUGAAAAAUGUGUGAAAUAUUACGAUUUAACGAUAUUUAUAACUCGAUAACCAAAAAAAAAAAAAAACAUAAAAACGACGAUACGGCACAGAUAAUGUCAGAGGAUAAAUCAGUGUACACAUGUUUGGUAAUCAUGGAAAUCAUUGGUGAUGAUUUUAUAGGAAAUUUUCAUAGUAUUUGGGAAAAUCUUGAUAUUUUGGAAUCUGGUGUACACAGUAUUAAUCUGUAUUAAUCAUUGAUUUACCCUCUGGAUAAUGUUCUUGUUUUCAAGUUUGAUAAAAGGCCAAUUCUUUCUUAUAUUAAAACUAUCAGCAUAGAGUUGUCCGUACUUAACGAAAAUUUUCUGUUGCGGGAUUAUUUAACGGAGACAUGGUAUAUAUUAUGGCAUAGUAGCGUCAUUUGCACUCCACAAGGUAUACAUUUGCGUAUUUUAAAUCUAUUAUUUAUAUCAAGUAAUUUUGCCCGUUAUAAAUUGUUUGAAUAAUAGAUAUUGUUACUUGCUGCUUUACAUAUUUGAUUUUUAAAUUAAUAUUUUCUUCUUUUGAUUUGAAACAAAAAAACAUGAUUAGGACAUUACACGGUUAUUUAUAAUCCUGAUGAUUCUCAUAUUAGUUUAUUAGCAAAUUUUUAAUAUUUUAUUAGAUAGUUUAAUACAUUUUUUGAAAAAUAUGUCGAUAAUUUUAUUUCUGUUGUGUUUGAAAAUUCUAGACAGGUUUUAUGGCCUGCAUAAAUAUACGCAUAUUAAAUAAUAAAUUGAAAUGACGCCACUGAUAUGGCGUUUUUCGAACAGGUAUAUGGAAGAAUGUAAAGCUAACAGACAAACUUUACUUAGAUUAACGCGUUUUGGUUAAAACUGUAGAGUUUAAGAAAUGGUUUUCGUUAGGGUUUAUUAAAUAAACUUAGAAUUUACCAAAUUAGUUGUAAGCUGUAAUUGACGUGAUAUUACUAUUUUAAUAUUUGUAUGUUAAAUUUUAACAUAUGAAAAACAAUCAUCAAUCUUUAUAUAUUACCUGUCGAGCUAUAUAGGUAUUUUAAUUAUCAAAUCAUUUUUUAAAUGCAGCGAACAUAUUUUCGUUUUUUGCGAACUAAUUUAAUAUAAUAUUAUUUCAAUGAUUUUGUUUUAAACACCUAAUAUAUACUAGAUUGAAACUUUGAAUAUAAAUUUAAAUGUUAAAAUUAAAAAAAAAAAGUUUUUAGUCAACCGUCAAACCACCGUGGACUAAUAUAUAAAUUAUUAACAAAUAAUAAUACUUUCAUAUAAUACUCGUAAAUUAUUCGAAACUAAAACAAGAACACGCAUUGCUAACUUUCCUUAGUUUUUUUUUAAUAACUGUAUUUAAAAAAAAAAUUAAAUUUAUGCUACCGAGUUUAAAGUUGAUAAUAUAUUUAAAUGUAGAUGUUCAAGGUAUAUAUAAACUAAAAUGCAUUUCAAUUUAAGUAUUUAUAUUUUAUAUUUACAUUAUUUUUUAUUGUUUUUUAGGUUUUCCUAACCAAACUUUCAAAAAUAAAAUCCCUGUACAAUUUCGUCUGUCGUUAUUGCACAGGUUUAUAAAUAAUAACUCCGCCAUUUUCUGAUCGAUUGUAAUGGAAUUUUACAUGCUGAUGGUGUUUUAUAUACAACCCCGCAUAAUUUUGAAGCCAACAAAUAAAAAUAAAUAAGUCAGUUGUAGUUUGAGGAAAAAAAAACUGAGGAAUGAACAUUUUUUUUUCACGUACUCCAUCUUGCGGAUUGUCGUUGGAUUUGGUUUUUGUAUAUGCAUUAAAGGUUCUGUUGUGAAAUUUUUUGUGCGGAUAAAUAUUUCGUGGCAUAUAAAUUUCUUAGGUCGAUAGUAAUAUGUAACUUUUCUACCUCUAAUUUGCCAACCACGUUAAUUAAAAAUUCAAGAAAGUAGCACUUAAUAAUUACUUAAUGUUUUUACCGAAAAUAGUCUAGAAUAAAAUAUUUUGUUACUUAUAGGUUUACUUACCUACUACCUAGUUAUGUAAAUAUUGAAUAAAAUAUAUUAUAAUACUAUGCAUAUAUACUAUAGGACAUAUUUUUGUGUACGAUACGCACUCGGCAUGUUUUCAAAACUAUAAUAUAAUAGGGGUCUGGUUUUUCUUUUUGUUAAGUUUGUAUGCGCUACACUUCGCUAUAUAAUGUAGUUCGUUGCAUAUGCCUUAGAGAUAAAAAUAACAAAUUUCCAUACGGAGUAUGUUACCUUCUAUUGUCUAAAUUUAAAUUAAUUCAAUAUUCCUACAAAAUCGAUUGAACCCUCGAGUAAUAUAAUACUUAAAAAAUAUUCAUAUUGUAAUCAUAUUAUGAACCGCAUGGGGUCUAAAUUAUUGUUACUCUUCUUUUUCUUCUUUUACAUCCUAAUAAUCCCACGCAAGCAGUGACGGAUUUACUAGGGGGGAUCCAGGGGGUCUGGACCCCCAGACAACGAUAUAGUUUCAAUAAAAUGUCGUCAAAAAAAAAAAGGCAUCUAUUAAUAGAGAUACCUUUUAAAUACCUACGAUUUUUCAGGACCCCUCCCAGAAAAAUGUUAAAAAUCCGCCACUGCACGCAAGAAAGGUCAGUUACUCUUGCAUUCUCGUUCACAUCUCCCUAUCAGUGAGUUAUUUAAGAAGAGAAAUUUUAAGGAGAUACAUCUUCCCCUUGAUCAUUUUUUAGUAGAUAAUAUUUAUUUGACUACCUAUCUUUAAAUUUGAAUUUCUUCACUUUUGGUCAGACAAAUUAAAAGUUGUUUAUGUUGGUACCUAUAGUUAAUAUAUUAAUAAUUCGAUAUAAAUUAUUUAUAUUCAAAAAUAAUAAUAAUACUAUCAUUUCUGAGUUCAUUUUCAAUGAAAGUACGUUUGCUUUUUCAUAUUUUCAUCGUGGUUGUAGAAUAGGAUGAUUCGAAAUUAUCUGCAAAUACUUGUCGGAUGUAAAACAUUUCAAAUCUAACCGAUUCUAUUCAAAAUAUUACCUAUAUAAUAAUGUAUACGUUUCCAGCUCCCUUAACAAUAACAGGAACAUAAAAUAUGAACGUGGUUGUUUUUUUCUAAUUAGUGUUUAAUGAAGUAUUUUUAAUAUAUUUUAUUGGAAUAUUGAGUAAACAAUAUUUCAUCAUAAUAUAACAUAGAAAGAUUAUUGUACCAUUGGGUUUGAUAACUGUUAACACAAAAACUUUUUUAUAAUAAAUAAUAAAUUACUGAUCAAUAUCGACUUAACCACCUGUUGCAAUAAUUUCCAAAUAAUUGUAUUUGUUUUGAAGUUUUAUCAUGAAAGGCAACAUAAUCACAAUAAUUAUUAUCUUAUUAUUAUUAUAAUCGGUCAAUUUUUUUUUCAAUGUUUACACCGACAGCAAUAGAGAAAUAAUCAGUCUCUUGUUGAGUGUGAUUGAGUUUGUGCAUUUAAAACAAAUUUUUACUAAACUAAUAAACUCUAUCUUAGUAUUAUAAAAAUGUAUUUUUUUCUCGAAAAACACAUUAAUGCUUAUUAACAAUGCUCAGAUUUUAUCAUGUUAUACUUUAAAAAAUGUGGUUUAUUUGCCUAAUGGUGUUUUGUUUGUAACAUUUAUUGACAUUUUUAAUAGUUCACCCCCGGGUCCUUUUUAUUUUGUUGAUAACAGAGUUUCCUUGGUAACGAGGGAAAAAAACAACUUAUACUAUUCCGCCCAAAAUCGUUUUUUCGUUUGAAGUAGUUUAUCAUUGCGUACAGAUAAAAAUUAAAUAACUAUGCAUCAUAAUAUCCAAACUUUCUGUCUACAACAAUAAAACAUCUGUCCGCAGUGUCAGGUCUUUUAGAUUCUAAUUUAGGCGAGAAAUAUAUUGGUUUUAGAACGCUGUUUUUUAUUAUUAUUUUUUUCUGUGAACAUUUUUGCUACCAGAAAUCUUGCUACGAUUUUCAAGUGUAGUAGUUUUACUAUAAUUAAAUUUUAUCUGAAUGGUACUUUAGCCUGGUCUUUUUUUGAUUUUUCAAGUGGUUAUAUAAAAAUUGGAGAAAAACGCAAGGAAACUAAAAAAUUAAAGAAAUUAUUAUUUUCAAUUUUGUUUUUUGUUGUAAUUUACUUUAAAAUAUUAGUAAAGAGUUGACAAUUUGACAGAAAACUUAUAUUUGACUUUUAAGGACGUGGUAAAAUUUUCAAAAAUGUUAAGCCAUUUUUGAGCUAUUUAUAGACAUUUAAAUUUUUCGAUUUUUUUUUUACGUAAUUUUUAUUCGGUAGGUACUUUGUAGAUAAAGUUGUUAGACCAGAUAGAAAUACUUGAAUUUUUUAUAGUGGUAAGAAUUUUAGUAUAAAAUUUUAAUGAAAAUCGCAAAUAUUAUAGCCUUAAUAAAUAUUUAUAACCGAACUUUACUCACAAUCGGUUUUUCAUUAGCAAAGAUUAACCGUUUUGUAUAGAUAUACAUUAAAUUUACCUCUAUAUCCUACCUCUCUAAUUUUUUACUUACCACAGUGAUGGGGUCUUCGAAUGGAGAACCGUCCUCUCAUCUUGUAAGUAUCUUUUUUGUUAUACCUACUGGUUGUAGUGUCUAAAUUCAUUGGCAUAUAAGAGGGAUUAAUAAUUAUUUAUGUAACAUAUCGUCAUAUUAUACAAUUUAUACUAAUUAUAUUUUAAUGCCCAAAAAAGUGGUACACAGUUUUGGGAAUAUCGUGUACCUAAUCUUGCAGAUUUGGAAUACCGGUCAAGUGAUUCAAAAUCUAGAGGGGGGGGGGGGGUAAAAUGUAUUACUAUUUACUGUUAGUUGUAUUUUCAAUUAUAUUGACCUUUUUUGUUAAAUUGUUAACAUGACGUCAUACACCAAUAAUUCAGUAUAUAAAAAAACCGAAAAGAUAUCCCCCCCCUAAUAGUUAUCUGUGAUACGGGUAAAAACUACUGCACCGAAAAUAACUAAUCUAUCCAAAAUUACGAAAAAUGUCUAUUUAAUUUUAUCGCCGAUGUAUAUUGCACAUUAUAUUGACUCUACUUAGAUAAAAAAUAGUAACAGGUGUAUUUACAUAAUAUAAUUAUUAUAUUUGCGUACCUAUAAUUGAUAAAAUAUUAUGUAGGUAAAUAGAAAUUGAAAAAAAAAUAAUAGUUAUACACUCGAUUAUUAUUUGUUAGUAAUAAAAUGAUCAAUUAAUAUUAUCUGUCUAUUGUACAUGUUAUUAUAUUAUAAUAACUGAAGUUAAUAAAAUAUUGUUUUUGUUUUGUUGCAAAUAUAAAUAUUUGUUAACGGACGACAAAAGAAAUGUAUACAAUAAAUCGGUCCUCGUACUAGCUAUAUAAAAAAAAAAAAAAUUAAUAAUAAUAACCACGAUGAAAAUCGAAAAUAUAGCGUUUUCCCCUCUUUCAAAACGUUCGUUAUUAUAAUUAAAAAAUAUUGUACGUCAGGAAAUCGUCAACACAAUUGUAGGUACGAAUACCUAUGUAUACAGUGUACGCGAGCAGUACUAAUUGUUCACGUUACGUUUACGUCGUUUUCGAUGAAUUUUUUAUACUUAGGCAUGCAUGUAAAUGAAAAAAAAAAAAAAACUUUUACCUUUAGUAAUUGUAAAACGAGAAUACAACAGCUGUAAUGUACGCACGAUGCUUAUGCUUGGUAAUACAUGCCACUCGUUAUUAGUAUAGUUUAGUACGUGACACGUUGCAGACGUGGUUUUUCAGUCGUUGAAGUGCGUAUCUUACUAUAUAAUAUUAUAAUAACGUUGGUUUGUAUUUAUAUUGAUGUACUAUUAUUAUGAUAUUUUAUCGGCGUUUUUAUUUCGAAAAUCAAGAGUAUAGUAUAAUUUAUUAUUAUUAAUUUUUUUUUUCUAAGACAUGGUCUCUAUUCGUGUAACAGUUAUCCACGUUUAUAUCGAUUUUACAUACCAUAAAUCUGGGUCAAAUCGAACGAAUUUUAUCUAAUCCUACCCGUAGAUAAUAUUAUUAUAUACCUUGUUAAUAUAUUUAAUUUUCUAAUUUAUAUGUAUAUAUAUAUAGGUAAUUUUUUGCCUAAUUAUACUAUUGAAGUUAUUAUAAUAUUUGCACCGGGUCCGAAAUUAGUAAUAGUAAUUAGCCCAUAGGCUCCCAAAAAUUAGGGCCUCUACAGUUUUGUAAUUAUUUAACCCUAUAUAAAAGAACAUGUAUUUUAUUUAAAUUUACAGAUAUUAAACAUAUCUUAUACUAUGGAACGUUAUUAUUUUUAUUUUACGUAUUAUUGUACUACCUAACAUAUGGGUUAAUACUGAAAAAAAAUUAUAAGCGGUGUUCCAGAAUAGAAAAAUGAACAAAGAAGUAAAAAAUUGUUUUCCUUGCGUUGAAAUAGUUCUUUGCAUUUAUCUCGGUAUUGUGAUUACAAACUUCAAUAGUAUAAGAUCAUUUUUUUUUUCAUUGCAAAACACAAAAUAGAUUGCAAAUCAACUUGCAUAAAUGAGCAAGCUGUCAUAUAUUUAAAAAAUUGAAUUGAUGAUCUUGUGAAAAUAAAAUCAAUAACACACUAAUUUAUAUUCUAUAUAUUAUGACUCUUGUUUAUUUAUUUGGGAAAAUGUUACCCUCACAAUAUAUUUUGCUAAAAGGCUACCAUAUUAUAGCUAAGUUUGCCCCCAAUUUUCAUCUAUGUAAACUAGGGUUUUAUUUAAAAAAAUAUAUAUGUUUAGUCACUUCCUUUAAAAUACAUAACUUUAAUCUAUUCAAAUAUUCAUAGGUUUUUAAAACAUUGUUUUUCUCAAAUACCAUUGAUUUGUAAUAAAAAUUAAGUUACAAAUGGACAAUUUUCUAAACAAAAUUAUCUACCUAUAUAACAUAUGUACAGACAAUAAUUUUUAAUAAUACUAAAUAACAACUAGGAAAACAUUUUUUUUUUUUUAAUUUCGAAUUUCUAGAAAUUUGUAUUUGAUAAAUUAAAUAGGUAUCUGGAUGGGUUCAUACAAUUAUAUACUGUUUUUUUGUUUAAUUUGAUUUAUGGUUUAUAUAAUGGUAUAUAAAUUAUGUUAGGUAAGCUAUUUGAUUCUUUAUCAGCAGACAUUAGAUUUUAUUUCAAAACAAUAGCUUUAAAACCGACAUAAAUUUUUAUAAAUAAUACAAUGAUAAUAAAUGAUUAUUAUAAAUAAUAAUUUUUAUACAAUGUACUGCAGGUAACAAAAACAAUCCGAUUAAAAAAAACUCUUUGGAAUAAAAAAAUAAAAGAAUACUAGAAUUCUAGGAUUUUAAUUACUAUUGAAAAAAAUCUAUUUAAUAUAAAACAAUUAAGUGUCAAAACUGAAAAUUCUCUACAAUUUUUUGAUAGUAAAAAAAAAUACUAAUAUCUUGAUGAUAUUUUGAUAAAAAAUAUUUUACUAUUUUAGAAAUUUGGCUGGGUUUUUUUUUUAAUAUUGGUAUUUUUGUAUUUUUUUUUAUCUGCAGACUUAUAAAUUAUUUUAUUGAUACUGAGAUUACAAAAUGUUCAAAUCAUAAUUUGUGUACCUAUUAUACAUUAACUAUCCUACUUCUUUUAGAACUUUGAUUAAUGUUAAAAUAUUUUUGAUAAUCAAUUUCAAUUAUUUGCGAAAGAUUAUAAUUUUUAUUGUAUGGCUGUUACAAUUUCAACAUAACUUAACUUUUGAUUAAUCAAUGCUCCAAAACUAUAUGUAUUAUUAUAAAAUAAAAUCUCAUAGAUUAUUUAAUUUAAACCAAUACAUGGUAUACAAUUCAAAAUUAUAUAUAUAUAAUAAUAGAAAAUUUCAUUUUCAAUUUGAAUUUUGAUACAAACAAACUACCUUAUAAUAAUAAUAAUAAUAAUAAAAAAAACAACAACUUUUGUAAAACUAUUGCAUUCGUUUUUCGAUAUCGUAUUAACUGAAGGAACUUUAUUCUUUUAGAUUCUGAGUGUAACGAGAAAUGUACCUAUUGGUUUUCUUAUGAUGUGUUUGUAAAUAACUUUUCAACCAUAAAUAUCCGAUUAUCAUAGAAUAUAUAAUAUAUAUAAAAUAUAUACGUAUUUAUAGUUAAAUUUUACUGACAACCAUAAAAAUAAUGACACUUCAAAACAUGUUUUAAUCGAAGAAAAACGUUUCCAACUAUUUUUUAAAGAAAUGAAAAUUAUGGUUAUUGUUGUUCUUUGACUCGUUUAUUUUAACAAUAAUUUUGUCUUAAAUUUAAAACAAGCAAAAACUAAUUAAUUUUUCAACUGGAACGUGACGCUCACACAUACUUUCUUCGAAACCGAAUGCUAUUUAAACUAUUUUUUUUAAUAACAAGUUAUAUUAAUUACUAAGUUUAACAUACCUAUUUUAUGAGAUUAUUUCUAGAAAUCACUGAAUAAAAAUUCACGCCCUAAAUCGUUUGAAUUUCUUAAUUUCAACUACCUAUGGCAUUUUAUUACAUUUCUUAUGAAUAAAGCUUAACAAUAUAUUAUUUUUUAAAUUAAGUUACCUAUCGUGGAAACAAGCGUCUAGGAAGGGAAAAUGCCGAAUGGCUGCAAGAUGGUGGUCUUUAGCUGUCGAUGCUGUUAUUAUAUCAAACAUUAUUUACUGUUAUAUAUUCAUACUAUGUAUACAGUAUAUAUUUUGGAAUAUAUUGAAUACAAUAUGUUCUACUGUUCUACAUUUACCAUCGUAUAAGAAUUUAAAAUGGACUAUUACUAUUUUAUAAUAUUAAUUUCAACAAUUGUAUAAUGCUUUAAUUAAUUUUAUUAAUAUUAUUAAUAUUUUUUCAAUUGUUACAAUAUAUAUUAUGAAAAACGAAGACUUCUUAAUUUUAUGCAUUUUAGUUCUAGAAAAUAUAGGAUAAAAAAUCUUUUAUAAAAUAAUUAAAAUUUGUAUUCUGUGCUUGACUCAAACAAAUUUAUUAAAUAUAUUGCUAUAACAUAUUUAAUUUUUCACAAUUCCAAAAAUGAUCUGUAUUUGGACAUUAAUUAUGUAUGUAAUGAAUAAAUUAUAAAUAUUAAAAAUAUAAUAUUAAUAAAUAGUGCAUAAAAUAUAAAUAUAUAGAACAAUAAUUUUUCAGAUCUGUAGCUCCAAUAACCGACAGCAUCCAAUCAUCUUUUUUUUUUAAUAUAUUCAAAAAAAAAAAAAAAUAUAUAUAUAUAUGUAAGAGUGUUUCAUUAAGAACAUCGGAUUUAAUUUUGUUAUUACUUAAUCAAAAAAAUUGUAUGAAUAUGUAGUAUACCUGCUCCGAUUUAUGUAUUGAAUAUAAUAUCUAGCAUAUUUCCACUGGCAUGCUAUCUAUAUGGAAUGCUUCAGUUCUGGCGACAAAUUUGCCUAUUAGUCGCUGAUAUAUAUCCUUGUCCAGUUCACCAAUAACAUGACGAUUUUCAUCCUUAAGUUCUUUGAUGGUUCGUGGUUUAUUUUCAUAGACGUAAGCUUUAACGUAACUCCAAAGAAAAAAUUAAAUUGAGUUAAGUCACACGACCUGGGAGGCCAGUUCUGAUCAUCACAUCGUGUAAUAAGUCGAUUCUCAAAUUGUUCACGCAAUAACAUGAUUGUGGUACGGGCACCGUAUGUCCUGCUGGAACCAAAUACCACAUAAAUCUACUGGAUUUCUUUCUUUGGGGUUACGUUAAAGCUCAUAUUUAUGAAAAUAAACCGCGAACUAUCGAAGAACUUAAGGAUGAAAUUCGUCGUGUUAUUGGUGAACUAGACAAGGAUAUGUCCGCAUAGGCAAUUUCGUUGUCAGAGCUUAAGUUUGCCAGCGAAGCAGAGGUGGACAUAUGCCAGAUAUUAUAUUCCAUACAUAAAUCGGAGUGUGUAUACUACAUGUUCAUAUAAUUUUUUUGUUCUUAAUAUUUUAUAUAUUUUAAUAUAUUAAUAUACUUAAUAUAUUUUUUUAAUAAAGUAAUAACAAAAUUAAAUCUGCCGUUAUUAAUGAAAGAAACACUUUAAAUUAACAAUAUUUACACGUUUCCAUUUCCUUAUCCAUUAAUAAUAUUGAUAUUUGAUAAUCUCAUGAUAUAAUACUGGUAAAUGUUUGUGGAGAUAAGAGAUAAGAUGAUAAAAAUAUAAUAAGAGCAUGAGACUGCCAUAUUGCAACUAUUCAGCGUUUUCCCUCCCUAGACGCUUGUACCGUAAAUGGCGAUAAUACAUAGUUAUAGUACCUAUCCUUUAUAAUUUUGACACAGUAUAUUUUGACUUCAUGUAGGUUGAUAAAUUGUAUUGGUUUUUUUUAUAGAAAGCAUACUUUGAUCCGAAAAUAAAUAGAAAACAAAUAAAAUUAGUUACUUUUAUGACAAAGCUAUAAAUAUUACUAAAAUCAUAUUUUUCACUCAAAGGACCCGGUGCCAGUUUUCCAAGUUUUGUAAAAUUUGAAAUUUUUUUUUACAAUUUUAAUGAUAAGUCUUGUCCACUUAUCUACUGCCCGAUACUUGUUUAAAUGAAAACUGUAUGACCUUUUUCAGCAUAUUUUCCAACUUUUUUCUUUUCUUAAUUGUUAAACAAUAUUAAACUACAGAACGUAUUGAACUUCGAUUUUUCAUUUGAGUUAAAAAUUAACCUUUUUUAAAGACGUAUUAUAUUUUGAUCUGUAGAAUACCUAUUUUUCCAACGAACAAAUAAUAAUCAUGGAAAUCGGACUACAAAGACAUACGAUUUCUUUUUCUCGUAAAACAUAUCUUUGAGCCAAAAAACGCGCUGGCACCGCGCUCCAGAAUUAAAGAUACAUAAUAAUUAUUGGAAUCUAAAUCAUUUUAUAAUAAAAUGCAUAUUAUCCAUAGGUAAAUUUGUAUAAUAUGUAUUAUAUUGUACUACAACACUUGAUAACGCGUGUUUAUUAAAUUGAUAUAAUGUGACAAAUUAUAAUAUGUCCUUCCUUUUCUAUUACAGAAUAAAAUACAUGUUUCAAAUGGUAAACUAAUAAUAAUAAUUUUAUUUGUAAUUUUAUAUAUUAUUAUUUAGAGUGUACGUUUGAAAUAGUUAUGCACGGCAAUUCCGCGUACUACGGACCGUUUUUUACCGGAUAUAAAAGCCAUAAUAAUAAAGAUUUUUAAUUUAUCAUUAUAUCGUUGAAAAUGAUGUUAUUAUCAUGUUUGAAAAUUGUUCGUCUCAUCAAAAUUGUAAUUGCGGUAAACGAAGUGCUUCUGUCAUCGGAAAAUUAACCAAAGUGUUCGGUCACAGAAAAACAUAUCAGGUUCAAAAAGUCCAACAGCUUAACGAAGUAUUGCUGACAGAACUCGUUGAGGUACUUAAACAAUAAUUAUUGUGUUUGUGCAACAUUAUUAUCAGGUUUGUUAUGUUUGAAACAUCAAAAAAAAAAGGUUGGUUUUGUUGUUAACAUUAAUUAAAAGCGUGUGUUUAAAAGAAUAUUUUUAGUAAAUUUUAAAUAAAAGUAAUCUAUGGAUUUUUUUUUAUUUACGGAACAGUCCUUUUACCCAUUUUUUUGAAAAUCGACAAUUUCAGUGAUAGUAUCAAAAAAAAAAAAAAAAAUUGGGCAAUUGUUUUAGACAAUACUCCAUAACUGAAAAUAAGCACGACCCCCCAAAUUUUGAUUGCACCACUGUUCUCAGUGUCAAAACUACAUAUCUAUGAAUAGAAAAUAACUUUUUAAAAAUAGGUGUGCCGUAAAGAAGAUCUAAUCUAUAUAAAUAUUUACAAAAAUACUAAUAAUUACAUAAUUGCAUGUUGACUGAUGAGCGAAACUAUCUAUCUAUUGCUAAAAGUAUAGAAUCUUUUCAUUAUAUUUAAAAUAAAAUGCAUUCGUACCACAAUAAAUAAUUAAUUUAGUUAUUCUAGAUUUUUUUAAAAUAAUAUAAAGUAAAAACAAUUAUGGUACUUAUGAGAUUACGUCAUUAUGGUUGACAGUGUUAAACAAAAGAUCGAAUUCGGAAUGUACUUUAAAUUUUAAUGUUCAAUAGGUAUCCUGAAUUUAAUACCGAAUACUAAAAAUUUAAGAAAUUCUUAGUUAAAACUGUUCAACAUUGAUUAACAAAAUUUCUUUUAAAAACCAUUAUCUAUUUGAUUAUUAUAAUUUAUAGGCCUUCACUAAAAAGAUUGUUUUCAAAAAUAUAUUUUUGAAAACCGUUUAAAAUUGUUUUUAACGUUUUAAAGGUUUUUUUUAUUCUUUUUAUGUGUUUUUUUUUCAACUCUGAUUAUUAUACUAUAAUAAUAUGAAUAAACUUAUUUCACCCCGUUAGAAACGGUUGGCUGCAAUUGUGUUUUCGGUGGUGGGUCCAGGGACACGUGCCUCCAUGUCAAUGAAUUACUGUUUUAUAUUAAUUUAAUGUAUAAUUUAAUGAAAAUAUAAAUAAAAUGCCCGGCUGUGUGUUUAUAUCUAUUAAUUAUACUUGUCACAAUAAUAAUAUGUGAAUAUUUAAAUAUAUAUAUUUGUACUCUUCGCAAUGAUUAAAUCAUAUUCAUCAAUCCUGUCACAUAUUGACACAGCGUUACACAUUUCAUAAAACGCUAACAUUUCGUAGGUAUCGUACAUAUUACCUAUAUAGAAGUGAAAAACGCAUUUUCGUUCGUUUUGUGUUGAGCUUUUAGCCAGUAAAUACCUCUUGUAUUAAAGGUGUAUUUUAAAAUAUCAAAAAAAAAAAAGACUAAAUUGUUGUCAAUAUACUAUACAGUAUGUAAUCCUUAGUUGGAAACAUCCUUUAAUUGAACUCUGCACAAAUUAAAUGCAUUUGAAUUCUGCUUUGGGUGCCUAAUAAACUUUUUUUAUACACUUAUUAAACUAAUUAAAUUACUUUCAUAACAUUUAAUUUCGGUCAUGCGUAUAACAACUUUUUUUUAAACAGAACCUCCCCCCUCUUUUAGGGCAAUUAUUUUUACUUUGGGUAGAUGAACGGAAUACCUCAACUAAUUUUUGAGAAUUUGUUGUGUACUAUUUGUUUGAAGUGAAACGCAUUUGAGACAGUUAGAUAUAUAAAUUAAAUAUUUAGUGAAAUUUAUGGUCUCUACAUUUAUUCUUCAUUGAAUAAACAAAAUUGAAUAUAUAGUAACAAGAACCCUUACCUACCAAAACAGUUAAAAGUUCCCCCUAUGGUUUUUAUUUUGGUUUUCCCCAUAAUCAAGAAUAUUACAAAGAAAGUAAAAAAGAACCUUCCUCAUUUUACUAACGGAACAAAAUAUUUAUUUUAAUGUUCCACCUCUAAAAUCAAUAUACUGAUCAAGAUUUGGAAAAGUUGUAGAAAAGUUGUUCACAUACAGAAAAAAUAACAAAAACACAUGCCAUAGUAAUUAUCAUAGUAGAAUCUAAAAUAAAUAUUAUUUAUGAAAUUUAGCCUUCAGGAGUACUAUUAGUGUUUGUUUUCAAAAAUGAUUAAUAACUGAAUGAUUUGUGGGGGGGAGGGCAAAGUUCUGGUUAGGUGUAGUUGAAUUAUUACGCAGGACACUAAUUUUGUUUAGUCAUGAAUUUUUCCAAUUAAAGUACUGCCUAUGUAUUUUUAAUUUUAGAACAAAUUUACUAUAUCUACCUCGGUUUUCAGUUUUGUUUAUUUUUCUUUAUAAAGACAUUAUUUUCAACACUAAUUUUAAAAAAUAAUGAUUUGUUUUAAAAAAAUCAAUAUUAAAGAAAUUUUGACAAUUUAUAGUUCUACCAGGAACACAGAUAUGAUAAAAAUUUAUUACAAAUACCAGCAAUGGCACUACUACUGACUUAGGUAAAAAUUCUGGGGGAUUUAUAGUCUCAAAAAUAUGUAUUUGCCUAAAUUUGACAAUAUAAUAUUGUAUUACAUUAUUGUAGUCUUAAAACAAAUACAAAUAAUUAUUAUAAAAUAUUAAUAUCUAACUAUAUUCGUUGUAAUUGGGGGGGAUUCUAUUUGGAAAACUGGAAGAACUAAGCUCCCCCAAGUCCCCCUAGUUGUGCCUAUGAAUACUAAGUACUAUACAUUAGAAAAAAUGUUUAAAACUUAGAUUAAUAUUUCAAGGCAGAUAUAAAAAAAAAGGACAAUAAUGGAUGAGGGAAAUUUAGAUCUUCAAUAGUCAUAGUCAACCAUAUAUCAUAAUAAUAAAUUGUUAUGCAUUUUGACAUGUUUACUAAUAUUACAGAUUAUUUUUGUCUCUAAUGCUGCUUUUUUGGCAUAAUAUUUUUAAUUUUUGCAAAACAUUAAAAAAAUUUGAAAAUUUUGAAGUCAUGGUAAAGUGCUUAUUAGCCAUAAUUUCUUCCUAAAGAAACUUAAUUAAUGAUUGUAAAAAUAAUAUAUAUAUAUUUAAAAAAAUAUAUGUUAAAUAUUGAUAACUAAAUAUUAUUUCCUGCCUAACAUUUCACAUUUCAUCUUAAAUUAAAUGGUUUUAAAAACUUUUUCAGAGAAAUUUAUUUAGUUUGGUGUGAAAAUAUUUGUUUACUUUUUAUUAAUAAAUUAUUAUAAAUCCCUUGUUUCUAUUAUUUCAAAUAAAUUAAAUACUAUAUUUUGUUACUAAUAUAUUUAAUUUUAUUCACAGAGUUCAAAUUCAUGGGUAACUGUGCACAGUUUGCAGUCUCAAAGCGAUGGUGGAAUUUUAGACCCAGAUGAUCGACUCAGAGAUGUUGCAGAUGAUAGAGAACAAAUUAUUGCACUCUAUGAUGAUGGUGAUAGUAUCAGCCCUCAUCAACAUGUUGUUGGUGAUGGAGCUAGUCACACAUCUAGUCCAGAUAUGUUUCAUGUAAGAGAACAAUAUGCAACAUAACUUAACCUUUCAUAAAAUCAAAGAAUUAGCCAUUCUAAAGCAUAAUUUAUUUUACAUUUCUACUUUUAUUUAAUGUUUAUUUUUAUUUUUGUAAGCAAAUCAAUAAAUUGAUUUUAUAUUUGUGUUUUAUGUACUUAAAAAUAAAUAGAGUCAAGAUGGUCUACAAACGGAUAUUGAAGUAACUAAUGAAUUAAUUGCUUCUGGUUUCCCAGCUUUACAUGUUCGUAGAGGUAGUGAACCAGCUCUUAAUCAACUACCCCUUGAAAAUGGUAAGUUAUUUCUAAUUAUAAAAUAUCUGUAUUGUGAAUUAUAUUAUACAGUAAACAUAUAUUUAUUUGUUUAUACAGCCAACAAUUUAGGAAAAAGAACUAGCAAUUUAAGGCCACCUGCGUCAGGCCAAUCUAAAAGAUGGUCAGCUGCACCAAUGAUCCAUGAUCCUAAAGAAAAGCUACGAACUGUAAUUAUUAAUAAAAAUAAUUAUCUUGAAAUAUACAAUUUUAUAAUUGUAUACUUGAAAAGCUUAUACUUACUAUAAUAAAUAAUUUUUAUUGAAGGGUGAUUACACAAAAAUCAAUGGGUUUGGUUUAUCUGAUAAAUGGCGUUGUUCAGAAGAAGAUGAAUAUCAAAUAGAAUUUUGUGAUGAUAAACCACCAAUUAGCAAUCAUUUCCUAGCUCCAUUUCAUCGUGACUCUCCAAACCGUUUAUCAAUGCAAUACUUAGGAGAAUCAUCUAGGUUAGUCUUUUUUGUACUAUUAUGAAUAAUUAUUUUGGUAAAAACUUGUAGUAUAUUAAGUGGUGAUCCAAUAUGACUUUUUUCUCAAUAUUUUAAAUUGAAAACCGUGAGUUGAUAUUGAAAUUAACUAAUGUAUCAGAAUAAAAAUCAUAUUUUUCCAUAAUUUAGAGACUUUUUUAAAAAAUAUUGUGUUACAUUAAAUCAAAAGAUGAUACAAUAACUAUAGUGGUUUAUUAUUUAAAAUUUAAAAUUUAAAUUGUUUUAUUUUUCAUUGUUUUACAAUGUAUUGAGAAUAGAACUAGAAAUGUAAUAAAAUAAAUGUUGAAGCGGUUCAUUUACAUAUUAUAUAAAAGUAUUUAAUUUAUUUUAAACUCAAAAUGUUAAAAAAUAAUUUAUAAUUAUACAAAAAAUAAUUUGAAACUUUAAUAAUGAAUAAAAUAGUAUAAUUUUCUUUAUUAAAAUAAUAUAACUUAAAACAUUUGAAACUUUAAUUAUAAUUUGAAGCAGAGGGAUAUUUUUUAAUACUUAAGCAAAUAUUUUUUAUUCAAAAACUUAUUCUGUGACUUUUUUUCAUCACAUAAUAUAUUUAUAACAUUUAACAAUUAACACUUUCAGUAAAAAAGGAAUCCUUAUUUAUUGAUAAAUAUAAAAUAAUUGUUUUUGUGCAAAUUAAACAAUUAUAAAUAGUUAAUCAAAAAAUAGUAUGUAUAAUAAAUUUAUUUUUAUUAUUUAUUGAAGGUAUAUUAAAAGAUUUUAAUUUUAUAAGACAUUUUCAAAAUCUUUAAUUACUAUUAUUACUCUAAUCUCUUAAAAUGUAUAAAUUAUUAUUUUUUUUCAUAUAUUUUUAGUGGUUUUAGGUGGGCAGAAUCAGCUGACCUGGCAAAUAAUCGAGCAUUAUCAUUAUCAUUACCACGUGACCAUAGAAGAAAGGAACCUUUAGGUCAAGCUAAUACUAACCCUUCUAGUCGUUUACUCGAACCACAAAAGUAUUAAUUUUAAUUUUAAAAUUUAAUCAAUUUUUGUAUUUGUUAACCUAUAUUAUAUAUAUUCAGCACUGAAUAUAUUGUUUUGAGCACUGGUGAUGGAACAUUAGGAAUUCAUGUUGUACCAGAUUAUGAUGACCUAGGCAAGGAACGUGGACUUUUAGUCCAAUUUAUCGAACCUGGUGGUCGAGUUCAUUGUGACGGCAGACUAAAAGUAUAUGAUCGAAUUGUAGAAAUAAAUGGUCGAUCAUUAUUAGGUCAAAAAUUUAAUGCGUAUGUUUUUGCUGUAAUGUAAACUCAAGAUAAAUUUUAAUAUAAUUUUACCUUUAUAGCUUACAAGAAAUAUUUAGGGAUUCAUUACAUUCAUCUGAGCUCAAACUUAGAGUAAUAAAACAUAAAAAUAAUAUGGAUGUUCAAAUUAGUCAAAAUAUGGCAGUUAGCAAUAAAAAACAUCCACCUCCACCAGUAUUCCCCAAACCAUCCACAAAUACAAGUACACCUUUCAGUAAUAAAGAAAAUGUAACUUCAGGAAUAUCCAAGGAAGAUAGAAAAUGUACUUAUUUAUUUAAUGUGUUUAUUUAAAUUAUAAAAUAAAAUAAAUUAUAAAUUAAAUAUUGUACAUGUUUUAUGUUACAGUAAAUUCAAAUACUAAAAUUGCAACAGUAUCGCCAACUAAAAAGCCAUCCACAGCUGCAGCUCAUACUGCUUCUAAUAUUUUAAUGGUAGCUAACACAAGAAAAAUAGGAAAAAAAAUUGAAUUAGAACUUACUAAAGGUCCUCAUGGACUUGGCUUUAGUAUAACAACAAGAGAUAAUCCAGCAGGUGGAAAUUGUCCAAUUUACAUAAAAAAUGUGUUAUCAAAAGUAUUGUUUAUAGAUUUUUAAAUUUAAAUAAUGUAUAAUUUAAUCAAAUCUUUAAUUUGUUUAGGGUGCAGCUGUUGAAGAUGGUAGAUUAAGACCAGGUGAUCGUUUAUUAGCAGUAAAUGGCACAGAACUUACUGGUAAAACACAAGCUGAAGCGGUUUCUGUUCUGAGAAAAGUUCCUUCUGGAGCAAAAGUCAAAAUUAUUGUUUCUAGACAAGAAGAUGUAAUCCAAGGAACACAGAAAUCUAAUCAGGUAAACAUUUUUGUCUAUCAAUAUUUUCUUUAUAAAAUAUUUUUUGUUUUGUUUUUCAGGAAUUAGAUGAUAAUUAUGAUCCAGAAAUAAUUAAUUCUGAAAAUGUAUCAAAAAAUUCAAAUAGUCCUAAUAUCGUCCAGGUAUAUUGAUUUACCAAUAAUGUAUUCAAUCACUUGUAAUUUAUGUUUACAUUUUACAUCUAAAAUUAAUUUGUAUAAUUUAUUAGGAAUACAUUAAAAGUUUAGAAGAAACACAAACAUUUCCUUGGAGACAUAAAGAAUUAUUGACUUUUGACAUUCCCGUCCAUGAUUCUGAGAAAGCUGGUCUAGGUGAAUAUUAUUUUUCAAGAUCUUUUAAGACUAGUUUUGUAUUUAAUUAUCAAUUUAUUUCAUUAUACUAAUAUAUAUGUGUAUAUAUUAUAUACAUAGGAAUUAGUGUUAAAGGAAAAACUUCAUCAACUAAUAAUUCAAAUGAUAAAGAUAUCUCACAAGAUUUAGGUAUAUUUAUUAAAAAUGUUAUCCACGGUGGAGCAGCUUCAAGGUAUAUAAUGUUUAUAUAUACAUAUAAAUGUGUCUGUUACAUAAUAUUAAACAGUAAAUUUGUUGGUAUGUGAACUUAAGGGAUGGUAGAUUACGCACAAAUGAUCAAUUAUUAUAUAUUAAUGGUAUUUCAUUGAUUGGUCAAAAUAAUACCACAGCAAUGGAAACUUUACGGAGAACCAUGUUGAAUGUUGAACCUAGCCCAACUCCUGGUACAAUAUCAUUAACUGUUGCUCGUCGACGUAGCAAUUCCCCAUCACUGAACAAAAGACAAAAUAGAGAUUCAUCAUCAAGUCUUACAGAUUCUUCUGGUAACUAAUUUAUUAUUAUUAUAAUUAAAUAAUACAUUUGUGUAUUUUUAUCUAUAAAUAUUUGUUCAUGUAGCCAACACUGAAACAUUUGGUCGAGGUGAAAUGAUAAAUGAUAGUAAUACUCAAAAUACUACAGACAAUUCUGGAACUAGUCAAAGCUCUGAUAACACUGUUAUUUUUAUGCAUCAACGACAAGGAUCAGAAAGUUCUAAACUUCAACCAACUGUUGCUACUUCUCCAGGUUAAUUGAAUGAAAAUAACCUUAAUCAUAUUAUUAUAUUACUGUAUUAUAGAUUAAUAUAUACUGAUUGUUUUGUUAUUUUACAUUUAAGAUGGAAUUACAAUUCGUAACCCAGUGUUGGAAAGAUUGACUGGUCAUACUAAUCGUUUAAAUGCAUUACGCAAUGAAAGUUAUUAUAAGGCUACACAUCAAACAACAAUUAUGAUGAAAGAAGAUGAGCAACUCAAUAGCCCUACUGUAAAUCAAUCAUCUGAUGAAUUGUUAAUUAUCGAAGAAGAUCCUCCAUUUUAUAAUAAUACCAAGUAUGGUGUUUAAUUAUAUUUAUUAUUUAUUUGUACACAACAUAUAUGACAUAUUCAUUUGUUUAGUAGGAAAAAAAUAGAGGAGGAUAGCAUACCAGUAUCCCUUCCACAAACAAGAACUGGAUCUACCAGUACAGAUGUUACUUAUGCUAGCCAGUAUGUCUCCUCAUCAUUUUUUUUUUUUUUUUAUAUAAAUAUAAAACCUUAGACCAUAUACGAGGGCGUAUCCAAAAGAAACCGAACUGAUGUUGUGUGGGACAGAGUUUUAGUAGUACCGAUUUUUUUCCUGUAGGGGCAUAUAAAUAUACUUCUCAACAUUCAAUAUGCAAAUAUGUCAUUGUGGAAGGUUGUGUUACGUUGGUUUGAUAUUUUUUUCAAAAGUUAUUUUUUGUACUUAUCGUUUUUGUAAUGUCCGAUUUGCGUGAACAGCGCGCGGCCGUCAAAUUUUGCUUCCUGCUCGGGAAAACAGGCACAGAAACCCUUGAGAUGUUGAAAACAGCUUACAAAGGUGAUGCUUUAGGGAAAACUCAAUUAUUUGAGUGGUUUUCCCGUUUCAAAAGUGGUAAAAUGUCUAUAGACGACUAAGUUCGCUCUGGACGUUUUGACGCUUCGACAGCGCGAACCAACGAAAAUGUAGAAAAAAUUCACAAAAUUAUCCUGGAAGAUCGACGGCAAACCAUCGAAGAAGUAGUGGAGAGAUNGAAUUUUAAGUGAAGAUUUGGGGAUGAGACGGGUGGCUGCAAAAUUUGUUCCUCGACUGCUAACUGAGCAGUAAAAACAAGGCCGCGUGGAAUCAUGCUCUUCUUUGAAAGAAGAAUUCCAAAAUGACCCAAACUUCUUUUCCAAGGUCAUUACAGGUGACGAAUCAUGGUGCUAUGGAUAUGAUCCUGAAACCAAGCAACAAUCGUGCCAAUUGAAGACCCCAGCAUCGCCUCGCCCUAAGAAAGCUCGUCAAGUAAGGUCAAACAUUAAGACAAUGCUCAUUUGUUUUUUUGAUGUGAGAGGAAUCGUCCAUUCAGAGUUUGUUCCACCUAGUCAGACAGUUAACCAGGCAUUUUACCUAGAGGUGUUAAAAAGAUUACGCAACAGUUUGAUGCGAAAAAGACCUGAUUUGUGGCAGUCAGGAGACUGGUUUUUUCAUCACGGCAAUGCUCCUGUUCACACAGCCCUUUCUGUACGGCAGUUUUUUACCAAAAAUGAUAUGACCACUGUGUCCCAUCUACCCUAUUCACCCGACCUGUCUCCCUGCGACUUCUUUUUAUUCUCCAGAAUGAAAAGGAACAUGAAAAGAAAGCGUUUCGCGGACAUUGAUGAAGUUAAAAAAAAAACNAAAAAUUGGAACAAAAGAUUGGACAAGUGCAUUAACUCUAACGGAGAGUACUUUGAAGGAGAUUAAAUGUUUUUUGUAAAAAAAUUAAAUAAAUAACUACAAAAAUAGUUCGGUUUUUUUUGGGUACGCCCUUGUACAAUGGAUAGAGUCAUCAUGUAUCACACCUAUAAAAUUAGUUGAAGCAAACAAAUAGUAGGACAUAUGGCAUCUGCAUAUGUGCGAUUGCUUGGAGACUGCGCAUAUCACUGAGGUCCUACUAUUUGUUUGGAUGACUCAAUCCAUUUUAUAUAAUGUAAGUAUAAAACUAAUCUUUUUAUAGAUUGUCAUUGGAUAAUGCUAACUCAGGAUUUUCAAGAGAUGCAUUUGGAAGACAAAGUAUGUCUGAAAAACGGCAUGCUACUUUGGAUGCUAAAAAUACUGAUACAUAUCAAAGAAACAAAAAAUUACGUGAAGAUAACAAAUGUCGUAAGUAGCCGAAUAAGAUAACCAGCAAAUAUUUGAAUGGCCAAUUGAAUGAAUGAAUAGUCAUCAAUAUCUAAUGUAGUAGAUUUUUAAAGGAGUUUCUUUAAAUCUGAUUUCAGUUAAACCGAUCUUAUCAUAUUCAAGAUGAACCAUAAUAAACAAAAGUUUUAACUUUUAAAUUAAAAUUAGUGCAAAUUAUUUUUUUUAAGCUUCUUUAAUUUAGUAUUUUAGAUUCUGAGUGGAGCGAGAAAGCCUACUGGUUUUACAAAGAUCUGUAAACAACUUUUCUACCAGAAGAAUUGCUUUCUGAAUGUAGCACCUUUUCUCAAAGGAAAUCAGUGUGGGGAUAUAUUUUAGGGAGCUCAUUUUUUGAUCUCAAGAGUUUUCUCAUCAAAUUUGAAAAACCAAAAAAAUGGGAAAAGAAAUGUAGGUAUCAGUUAAAAUAUGUCACCGCCUUGGUUUUAUUCUGUGGGCUUUUUUCUACCUACAAUUUUGCUUCAAUUUUUAAUGAAUGCAAUGUUUCUAAAAGGAAAUUUCACUAGAGAGGUACUUUAAACAGACCAUUUAUCAAUUUUCUCUGGAUUUUUCUCAUUAACGUAGGAAAACAGGAAAAUUGGAAAAAUCGGUACACUAUUAAACAAAUAUUAUUAAGAAAAUAUAUAUAGUCUAUUUUAGUAUUUUACUACAAUAUGGCAUGUAUAUUAUUGACAAAGCAACGCUAUCUACUGAACUCCGCUCAAUAUUGUUUUUUGUAAGAAAUGAACAUGGUUUAUUGUUGCUUACAGAUAUAUUUUAAAUUUCUGUCUGUAUCCUACCUUUCUAAUUUCCCACCAACACCAGUGGAUACAUCCAUUCCCCUUAUCUUUUUUAUUGAAAUUUAGUUUCUUCUUUUGAAUUUUUGUAUUUCUGUUAUAGAGGAGAUCUGAUCCCAUUCCAAAUUAAAAACAAUUUUCAUUAGCUUAAUUUAUAUAUCUUAUUUCAAACUUGUUUUAAUUUAAAAGUUGUGACAUUAUUAGUUCUAACUUGAAUCAGUUACCAAUAUUGUUUUUUUAUAGGAUUUAUAUUAUAUCUAUUGUUCUUUUAAAUAAAAAUCUUUCAAAAUUUGUUACUCACCACUGUUAAUUAUUGCACAUUUUAUUUAAAAAAUAUAACCAGCAAUACAAAUUUUUUUAACUUACUAUGCAUUAUACAUUAUUUUAUAAUGCAUGUUAUUCAUAAUCUGUUAUAUAAUGGCUAAUUGUAUUUUUGUUUAAAACUAAGGCAACAGUUUGCCAUCAAAGAACCAGCUAGGGCCUGCCCUUGGGAUGAAAAAAUCUUCAAGUUUAGAAUCAUUACAAACCAUGGUCCAAGAAGUACAAAUGUCUGAUGGUGGAACAAAACGUAAUAUGAAAGUAGUCCGUGGUAGAGGUUGUGAUGAUAGUUUUCGGGCUGCAAUAGAUAUGGAAGGUCCAUUGUCUCUACAUGAACUACGUUUGGAAACUUGUUAGUGUAUUAUAUAAGUAUACUUAAGCUAGGAGGUAUUAUAAAAUACUUUUUAUAUUACUUUCUGGCAUUUGGUAAAAUUAAAUAAAUUAAAUACACUAAUUUUGAUAUUUUGUUAAAAAAUGUAUAUAAUUGUUAUUUAAUUAUUCUAUAUAGAUGAAAAAGAUAGUGAUCAUCAAAUAGGCCCAAAACAAUCUACCCUUCAUUCUCAAAUGGACCAUAAAGUAACACCACCUCUUGUUUCUAACAAAAAAAAACCAGGUUUAUUGAAAGGGAUAGGUUCCAUGUUCAGGUAUAUUAAAUAAUAUAAUUAUUACUUCUACAAUUUUAAAUAUGAUAUUUGGUUUUUAUUUAUUUUUUUUUAUUUUAUUUUUUUAUUAUUUGAUAGAUUUGGAAAACCUAGACGUGUGCCAGAUUUAAAUGGUACUUUAUCAUCAGAAGAAGAAACUGCUGAUCGUGAGAGAGAAAUAGCCAGAAGAAAUGCUCGAAAUGAACAACAGAAAAUAAGGGAACAUUAUAAAAGGAUUAUUCAACAACAGGCAGAAUUGGUAUUUAUUGUGUUGUUGUUUUUUUUAAAUUUUAGAUAUUAUAUUUGUAUAGAAAAAUUAUAGUUUUAAUUUUCCAAAUAAUAAUUGUUAUUAAAUUAACUACAACCUAACUUAGCUAUCUAAAUAAUUUGCAUUCAAGUAUAAAAUAAAACUGACAAGUAUUUUUGCUAUUCCAUAUUCCCUUUUCUUUUAAUUUAUCUUAUGUUAAUUUAACUGUGUCAUAUAAUUUGUUUUCAUAGCAAGAACAAAAUCACUGUCGUGAAGUACCUAUAAAUGAUAAUAUGUCCAAUUAUUCUAUGGCUACAAAGUUGUCUAAUCCAGAACAAUCGCGAAUUGAUCGUAUCCAACAGCUUAGAGCAGAACAUCAAAGAAGGCAUUUAGAACGAAGUGGAAAGUAUAUACCCGAAGAAAGAGAUGCAAAUAAUUAUGAAUCUGAUAUUCACCAGGUACACAACAUUAUGUAGUUCAGAGUUCAGUUAUUUUUUGGUUUAUAUGGUUAUAAUAUAAUUAUUAACUUAUCAAUUUUGAUAAAUAUUUUGAUUACUUAAGAGAUUUUAAUGAUUUUUUUCUCAAAAUUGACUACAUUAAAAAUAUUGUAUUUUGUUAGCUUUGGAACCAAAUAUAUUUAUCUUAGUACUAAUUAAGAAAGUUAUUACUAUAUUGAAAUUUGUUUUGUUUUAAAGUUAAACUUUAUCUUAUUAAAUAAGGAACAUUGUUUUUUUUUAUCACUAGUAGGGAAUUUUAGUUAAACAAAUGACUUGUUCUUUUCAUUAGUGUUUUUUUAAAAUUUUAAUAUUUUAUUUUAUUAAUUUAGCUUCCCAACAGUCAAAAUGCAAUAAAUCGACCGGGUAGCCGAGUUGGUAUAAUUGAUUCAGCAAGAUUUAAUCAUUAUGUAAACUUCCAAGAAAUACAACAAAAUCUAAGGUUAGUUUAUAUUUAAUGGUAUUAAGUACACUUUUUUAUCUUAUUACCAAAAGGUAAAUUUUUCUUGCAUGCAUUCAUGCAUUUUUAUUUGUCAAAUAUUUUCUUAUUGUAUACAAUUCAGAAAUUAUGUACAAGAAUUUUAAACAUUUUUUAUGUGCAUAGUUAUAAUAUAUCUAUGUGUCAAAAUUUAAAUACAUUGCAUGAUACACAUUGUUUAUCAGUUUACUAGAAUUUUGUAGAAUAUUUUUUUCAACUAUUAGUAAUUUGCAUUUAAGGUGUAUGGAAAUUUAUCUUCUAUGUUAUGCAUGCUCUAUAACUUUUGAUUGUAGUCUGAUGCAUGGAAUAGAAAAUUAUGGCGUUAAGUUACGAAACCAUAGCAAAACAAAAAAACAUGUCAUGUCUUGCUAUUAUGACACUGAUUACGAAAGGUGGGUAUAAAGCCAGCAAUUAUACUUACAAUACACCUAUUUAUUUUAUUGAGUGGAAUUUUUGUAUUUAAUCUAAUAAUUUACCUUUAUGAACUUAAUCCCUUUUUUUAUUUAUGAAUAAUAUAAUAAUUAUAUCAAAAUAAUAAUACUACUAUUAAUAUUAUAAACUGACAGACAAAUUUAAAUUAUUAGAUUCUAUUGGUACUUAUGUUUACUGGUGAUAGGUGUGCCAUUUUAAACAUGAAAUCCUAUUUUUUUUAAAGCAUACCAGAAAUGGAGCGAUACAUAUACAUAUUCAUAUAUAUAAUAUUAUAAUAUACUUAAUGUAAUUGCCUGUUGGAUAUGUUCAACACAUUGUAAUAUACAAUUUUUAUAUAUUAUGUUGAAAGAUUUUAUGUAAUAUAAUUAUUGCAUAAUUUCUAUGGUGCCAAUACAAUUUUAAAAUUCAAAUUGACAUACUGAUGCAUAACUUUUAGAUUCCGAGAAGAGUUAGGAAUGUAUUUGUUUUUCAAUGAUGUUUAUUUUUUUUUACCAGAAAUUUUGCUCAGAUUUUAAAGUGUAGUACUUUUUCUGAAUGAAAAUCUAACUGGGGUAGUACUGGGUAGGUCAUUUUUUGAUUUUCCCAGGGGUUUUCAUAAUAAAUGGGAAAACCCUAGGAAAACCUAGAAAUUUACUAAUCUUAUUAUCAAAUCUUAAAUAUUAUAGCUAUUCAAAACACGUAUAACCAAACUCUGCUCAGAAUCAUUUUUCGCUAGCAUAGAGUGUUAAUAAUUUCCCUCUACCUUCACAACUUUUCACCUUCAAAAGUGGUCUACCCAUUGUGUGAAGUAUGUCCCUUUGUUUUUAUCUUUGCCUUAUCUCUUCCCUGGGGCUUUCCACCUGGUUUCAAUACAAAAAUCACAUUUGUUUCAAAGUUGUUUAUCAUUGUUUUUGUGCAUGUCGCAUGUUAAAAAUAAUUUGAAUACAAAUGUCUAAUGAUCGAUUUUUAUUUUUUUCUUAAUCACCCAGCCGGAGACAGUUGCACUAUCAUUCACAGAGACGAGACCCCAAAGAAUCUGUGACCCGACCAAGUUCUAACUACUAUGAAUACGAGAGCGUAAUGAGAUCUUUACCAUACACAAGUGAUAGCAGUACAUCACGUCUAGUGGAUAAUAACUCAUUAACUAGACAUUGUGAGAAAUUAUUACUGUUAAAAUACACAUUAUCAAACUUCUCAAAUUAAAGUCUUAAAAUUAAUUAACUGGUCAUUCAAAUUUUAAUAUUAAUAUAUAAUUUAUAACCCCUCUAUCUAUUUAUAGCAGGUGGUGAUGUUACUAAAGCAUCCAAGAACAACAAUAUGAACAACAACUCUGCACAACAAAAAUCUUCUCGUCAACAUUAUCCAAUAGCCAAGUCAUCCAACUAUACGACAUACAAUAGUUUUAGUGAAGAUAGUUCUGGAGGCCAAAAUGGUAGUAUGAAACAACUGCAGUCUUCUCGCAAGGUGUCCACAAACAAUAACAACUAUGCUGAUGGUGCACAUCAUCAUUAUAAUGAAGAACAACAGAGACCAUCACCACAAGGUCCUUACAUAACACAAGUUACCAUUCGGGAUAAUCAACACAUAAUUCAAAGUCCUAACAUCUAAAAUGUGUAUUCCUCUAAAAUAAAAACAAUCAUAUUUUCUAAUAUUACAUUAAUAAUAUUGUUCCCUAAAAAACUUUUCAUAUAAUCACUAUUUUAUUUGUUUUACACCAUAUUUCACCUUGAUUUAAAACCUCUUGGGCCAUUUAGGGUUUUUAUUUUGAUUUUCUAAUUCUUGUCCCUAUUUUGUAAUUUUUACCAUCACAUGCUUAAUUUUUAUUUUUUAUUAAUUUUUAACUUAAUGUAUACUUCUUUUUAAUCAGUAGUUCAUCAUAUAAAUAUUAUAAUAAUAUGUUAUUUAAUCAUUUCUAAAUGAGAAUAGUUAUAAUUUGUUUUAUAAAUAUUUAGGGAUCUACUAUGUUUACUAUUAUCUAUGUAUAACUUAACAAUUCCUAGCUCAUAGUCAAUGACAGACAUGAAUAAUAUUUUUACCAACCAUAUUUUAUUUGAAUAUGUUCAUUAAUAAUUAACAUAUAACCUUAAAAGAAAAAUACAAAAUUAAUAAUCUUAUAUUUUAAAAUUUAUAUAAGACUAAAAAACUUAAUUUAAUAGUUUUCUUAAAGUGAUAUUCUCCCAAAAUUCAUUAAAAAUGUUUUAUUUUAUUCAUUUUUCACAUUUUUUUUUUAAUCAUUAAAUUUGUAUGUUAAAUAUUUUUUAAUUGUAUGGACACUUUGUCUUUGUUUGAAACUUAAUUUUCCUGUGAUAUAAUGUGAUUUAAAUGUUUUUUGUAGGUACAUAAUUCUAUAAGAUGUUAUCGAUUUAAUCAAGUUAUGAUCAUCUUCCCAUUGAUGAUAAUAUGAAAACAUAAUUUUUUUUUGUCUUUCUUAAGACAUUUUAUCAAAUUUUUUAUUUUUUUUUUUAAGAUUCAACAUGUUUUGAAUGAUAUUAAAUGCGGCCAAUUAAUGAUUAAAAUUUUAUAUUUUUAAUAACAUAUAAUAGAACAAUGGAUUUUUUUAUAUUACUAGUAUUUUUGUUUUAUUUGUCUUAGUAAUUCUUACAAUUUACAAGUCUUCAAUUGAUUAAAUAUCAUUUUUAAUAAAACAAAACAUGUUAGUUGUAGUAUAUAUUUUGCUGUCCACAAAUAUUCACUGAUGUGGAAUUUUGUAUUGUGCCAUAAUAUAAACAUUCCAUUAAAUUAUUCCUUACAUGACUGUGGCCCCUUUAAGUUUUAAUUAGCUUAAAUAUAAUUUUUUAUUUUUGCAAUAUCUUUUAGUUGCUCAACUUUGUAAACUUAGUACUUAAAUUAUAUAUAAACAAAAUUACACACACAGUAUUACCAAAGCGUUUUAUAUAUUAUGUAUUGUUUCACAGUAUUUCUAUAAUUAGUUUUUUAUUCACAGUAAACAAUAAUUUAUUAACUAUUAAAUCAAUCACAUAUUUGUAUACUAUUAAUGUUUUAUGAGUUCCUGUUAAAUGAUAUGAGACAACUUUUGAAAUGCUACCCAAAUAUUAUCUUCUUCGACAAUUUUCUCUCUCUACUAUGUUUAAGUGCAUUUACAAUGUUUUGUAUUGUAAAAUACAAUAUAUAUAUAUAUAUAUAUAUAUAUUAUACCCUUAAACAAUAUUAUUUUAUAUAAAGAUAUAUUUAUUUGAACAUUUUAUCAAUUAUUUAAUAUUAAUGGAAUACAUUUAUUUUGUAUAAUAUUAUUGUAUGUAACUAUAAAUAGUUAUAAAUAGUUGAUUAAAAAUUGUAUUUAUAUUAUAUAUGAAUAUAAUAAUCUAAACAAAUAUAGAUAUUACUACCUACACAUAAACAAUAGUUCACUAAUUGGUUUAUUUAUUUUCAAAACUUAACUAUAAUUUUAUGAAAACAGAUAAAGAAUAAAUAUUUA